GUUUUUUUUUUUUUGGCUCUAUGGAUCUCUGUUCAAAGAUUUUUGACAAAGAAGAGGAAAAAUGUUUACACUAGUUAGAUUCAUUCCUUGAAGCCUGCUAGUUUACUUUUUCUUCAUUCUCAUCGUCUUUUUCCUUUGCUUCUUUUCUUUUCUUUUCAAUUUUUUUUUUCCUUUGUUGCUCAUACAUCAAGGGAAAAGGGGAGAAAGCACAAACCUUUCCAACUUUUUCCUUCACAAAAACCCGAGUUUCCUCUCUGAAUUUUGAGUACAGCCAUCCCACACCCUCUUCUUUACCCCUCCCUUUUUUUCUCACUUGAGUUUUUCCAUCUUCCAGCUUCUUCGUAGACUUGCCAUGUUUGUUGUACCAUCUUUCAGUUUAUUUACCUAAUUUGGACAUCAAGAGUUUGAAGCUAGGAAAACAGCUUCCAGUUCAUCUCACUAAUACACUUAUCCUGUUUUCUGAAUUCUACAAAGUUCCUCAAAUAUAUAUAUACAUAUAUAUAUUUUCUGAAACGUUUGAAUUCUAUUACUAGCUGCUCUUUUUCUACUCCCAUAUUCUGGAAGGAAAUCGAGGUUGAGAUUUUCCUAAGAAUCCAAACCUUCAACAAGAUAGUUUAACUUCCGUUAAUAAUACCGUUUGGUGGAUUUUCAUAAUUUUCCAAUAUUUUGUUUUGAUUUUCAAAAAGUGGGUAUUCUUUAGAUUCCUCGGGGAGGUGGCUGUACCAGAAAAAAAAAAAAAAAGUAUUCUGAUUCCCCACAAAUGCUUCUUGAUUUAACACUGAUAAUGCCAUAGUAAAAUCUCCACCUCUCUGCAUUUUCCCCUACUGGAUUCUCUCCUUAUCUUGUUCUGUCUCUCCUCUCCUCUGUUUCACUGCAUUCAGAUAUCUUAUCUAGCUGAAUCACCGAUGCAGCGCGAUUGCAAAAUCUUGUGAAGUGUAAUCAAAUUUCCUAGCAAUUCCCACUUUUUUCGGUUUCUGAUGAAGUGGGAGAUGGAGAUUUUACCCCCAGCUUCUUAUCUUUCGAAUUCGGGUUGGUUGGUUGAGGAGAGCAAGUCCACAAAGUGGACUCCUGCGGAGAACAAGGCUUUUGAGAAUGCUCUUGCAGUGUUUGAUAAGGAUACCCCAGAUAGAUGGCAAAAGGUUGCAGCAGUGGUUCCAGGGAAAACUGUGAUGGAUGUGAUUAGGCAAUACAAGGAACUGGUAGAUGAUGUGAGUAACAUAGAAGCUGGGCUAAUUCCAAUUCCUGGUUAUGGUACCUCUCCUUUUACUUUGGAAUGGGGGAGCGGUCAUAACUUUGAUGGAUACAAGCAAUCUUUCAUCGCAACUGGGAAGAGAUCCUCAGCUCCUAGGCCUUCAGAACAAGAGAGGAAGAAAGGUGUACCUUGGACGGAAGAAGAGCACAAGUUGUUUCUGAUGGGGCUUAAAAAAUACGGAAAAGGGGACUGGAGAAAUAUCUCAAGAAAUUUCGUGAUCACAAGAACACCAACUCAAGUGGCUAGCCAUGCACAAAAGUACUUUAUCAGGCAACUUUCUGGUGGGAAAGAUAAAAGAAGAGCAAGCAUUCAUGAUAUAACAACAGUUAACCUUAACGACAAUCAGAUCCCUUCUCCGGACAGGAAAAAAUCGUCGUCACCGGACACUUCGAAUGUGAUUUCCCAGCAGCAGCCGAAUUCUACUGCGAUGCACAAAAUGGCUUUCCAGUGGAAUCAGGGGAAUAGUAAUGGAGCAGUCAUGAAUUUCAACAUGGGCCAUGGAAACAUAUUCAUGCCUCCCCACGGAGUAAACUCCUGUGAUCUUAAAAUGCAGGGUCAGGAUUUGCAAAGAGGUGGUAUGCAUAAUUCUUAUGUAGGUUGUCAAAAUAUGGUUUUUCAGAUGCAAUCCACGCAUCAGUAUCCUCAUGCAUGAGAUGGGAACCGUCAAUGGAAACUCUAAAAAUGGCUGAAAGUGCAUAAAUGCAUAAUUUCAACUGAAUAGAUCGCUUGUUUCUCCUGCUUUCUUUUCUUUUUUCUUCUUUAUCCUGUAAAUGUGUUCCUCGGGACAUGACUUUUGGUAGUCGAAAUGUGUUGGGAAAAGUUCAGGUUUCAAAAAUGCAGGUUCCUUGGGCAUGAAAGUUCUGUA